CUGUAUUAUCGACCGUAUUCAGUAGGUUGAGACCAGUGUUCGGUAAUCAAGUCUCGACAAAUUUCAUACGAUGAACGAAUGGCUCGUCAUUCUCCAUCUGACCUGUCUGCCGGUUAUUUCGGUAAUUUCCCACCACGCCGGAUCUCCCAACGAAUUCGCAAGGGCCUCAAAUCUCCCGUCUGGUUACAUUAACUAUCCGAACUUGGCGAUAGCUUUCAAAGUUCAUCGCGAACGACGCAACUGGUCAAGUGCAAAGUUGGUGUGCAAACACGAGGGAGGUCGUCUGGCCGUCAUCGACACCCACGAAAAGAUAGGAUACAUAAAAUUGCAGAAGCCAAAGUUCUCUGAGGUCUGGGUCGGUCUGAACAGAAAAGACGUGCACUGGGUUGCUGCGGAGAACCCGGAAUCGCGACACACGCGUUUACCUUGGGAAACGAAUGGUCCGGAUUCCUUCGGAAAUUGUGCCGCUGUAAACGUUAGGGGUGACGGACUGUGUAAUAAGGUUUGUAUAUGGCGAAAGGCGUUCGUCUGCGAAAUUCCCACUGCCACAGCCAUGUCGUAUCAGAUACGGAACACGGUCUAGACUCCAGGCCAACAGAGGAAGUCGGAAUCUCGGAGAAAACUGUAUCUCCGUUGCAAUGGAAGGCAGGGAGCAA